AUGAUGUUUUCUAUGGAGAAAUGUUCAGGGCGCAAUGGGUCCGGGACGUCCGAAGAAUCUGAGAUGAACGGUGGUGGAGGGUUAGUGAAGGAAGGUGUGCCUUCAGAUGUGGUUUAUUCGGCUGUCGCUGCUGUCUCUGAUGAGAUUGGAGAUAUUUUGAAAGAUGAACUGGGUGACGCGGACCGGGCGGAUCGGAUCGGCGCAGAGCUAGCCGAUUUGAGUGCCGAGCUUGGCCUAUUAGCCGGUCUUGCUGAUGGCGAGCCACAACCAGACAUCCCGUCGCUCUUCGAAUUCGCUAUGGCGCACCGGAGCACGGGUACUGGGUCCUCGUCGUCCUCGUGGUCUGGUCGGCGUCAUUCCGGAAGGCCGCGAGCGCCUCCACGUAGACGUCCCAUCGCCAAGGGCAAGGAGGCGUCCCGACGUAGGAGCGCGAUGGCUCGUCGAGCAGCAUUGCGCGCCCGAAGGGGCCCCCCGUCAGAUGCGUCUGACGUCGGCGCAGACUCUGAUUCCGACGACCAGUGGACGGAGUUGGACGAUGCCUCUGGGCUAUCCGACACGUCAUCUGGGAAAGAGGCGUCUGGCGUUGGCGAUAUGGACUGCAGCGACUACCACAAGGAACCGGCGGAAGCCCCAGCGCUGGGUCAGUUCCUGCUCCCGCUGUUGAGUGCGGGGCCAGCUCCACCAGAUCCCGAUCACUUUCUGAUCCGCCACGAGGAUAUCUUGCAGUUACUGGCCUCUGCGGAAGAAAGUGUGAGGGACGAGCUUCCUCUAGAGGAUGAUGAAGCCGCACUAGAUUCACAGCCUGACAUGUUGCCAAACAGUGACAUGUUUAUUUGUGAGGAAGCAGCGGUAACACCAGAGGAGGAAGCAGCCCUAUUGCACUACGUCUGCGAAGCGGAGCGUGUCGCUUGCGAGUCCGGCGUGGCGGUGGAGGCCGACGCGGGCAGGUUUCGUCCCGUGGAGGAGUGGCUGCUGGGCGUCUACAGGUCCUGGUGCGAGAUCAGCGCGCUCAUGUACACACUCAUCGGCACAGAGAUGAGCGUGGAGACGGUCCGGUCGGAGUGGUGGUACCGCGCGUCGUUCGGCUGCCACUGCCGGCUGUGCCUGUGCCUGGCCGACAACGCGGCCGCGCUGCACGCCUUCCUGCGCGCGCUCGUGUGGGCGCUCGCGCACGGUGAGCAUGUCCGCAGGACGCAGGACGCAGGACGCAGGAGCGUGCAGACGGUCCGGUCGGAGUGGUGGUACCGCGCGUCGUUCGGCUGCCACUGCCGGCUGUGCCUGUGCCUGGCCGACAACGCGGCCGCGCUGCACGCCUUCCUGCGCGCGCUCGUGUGGGCGCUCGCGCACGGUGAGCAUGUCCGCAGGACGCAGGACGCAGGACGCAGGAGCGUGCAGACGGUCCGGUCGGAGUGGUGGUACCGCGCGUCGUUCGGCUGCCACUGCCGGCUGUGCCUGUGCCUGGCCGACAACGCGGCCGCGCUGCACGCCUUCCUGCGCGCGCUCGUGUGGGCGCUCGCGCACGGUGAGCAUGUCCGCAGGACGCAGGACGCAGGACGCAGGAGCGUGCAGACGGUCCGGUCGGAGUGGUGGUACCGCGCGUCGUUCGGCUGCCACUGCCGGCUGUGCCUGUGCCUGGCCGACAACGCGGCCGCGCUGCACGCCUUCCUGCGCGCGCUCGUGUGGGCGCUCGCGCACGGUGAGCAUGUCCGCAGGACGCAGGACGCAGGACGCAGGAGCGUGCAGACGGUCCGGUCGGAGUGGUGGUACCGCGCGUCGUUCGGCUGCCACUGCCGGCUGUGCCUGUGCCUGGCCGACAACGCGGCCGCGCUGCACGCCUUCCUGCGCGCGCUCGUGUGGGCGCUCGCGCACGGCGGUAACACCAGUGCGGCUGCGGGUGUAAUGCGGGCGCUUCGUCUGCGAGCGGGGUCUGCGAGUCGAGUCUCGGAAUGGGACCUGCCUCGCUUACAGCGAUUGAACUUUGGCGAGGACGGUGCGGCCAUAAUCCACGAGCAGCUGAACCGACUGUCACAGCAGAGCGACAUCGCUGGUCAAAUAGUGCACAAGAUAUGCCAGUGCCGGGAACACGAACGCCCCUUCGAAAAAGAGUACGCCGUAGAAAGAUUAUGCAAGAUUUUAGAGAAUUUUAAGGCUGCUUCGACGAUCACUUUUAAGGUGGAGAUGUUGUGCAGGGAGUCAAAGGAGGGCGGAGAGUGGGUGUCGCGGGCGCGGCGGCGGCUGGCGCGCUUCCUGGCGCCGCACCAGCGCGCCAGCACCAGCGCGCGCCUGCGGGACAUGGCCGCCAGGACCACGCCGCAAGACCUAACAGCAUGGUCGGGAUACAAGCACCGGUGUGACUGUCUCAAUCCGAGAACUCUCUGCGCCCAACAACGGAAACAGCUAUUAAGUGACGUAUACUACAGGAUAUCCUUUUUCGGCAUGAUGCAGGCAGUCAAUGAGUUCAAUAGUGGCAAGAUGGAGACAGCUGGAGAUAAGUCACUAAGUGAUGGAGAACACGAGACUUCUGGCAGAGAGUUGCAGCAGGGCGACGGCACGGGAGCAAAACCACCAGACACCGAGGGUCAGCCAACGUCCCUAGUGAAGAUCGGCGCUGAAAGAGAUCUCAGUGAUUCCAAUGGUGACUUGGAUGACUUGUCCGCGUCGGAGUCGUCUGGUUCGACGUCGGGGUCGGGGUCGGACGCGGAGGGAGUGUCGGCGGGUGUGGGCGGUGCGGGGGACGGUGCGGGAGGCGGCGGCGGCGGCGGGCUGUGCGGCGCGGUGCGGCGGCUGGUGCGCUCGAUCGCGGCCAUCGAGCGCCUCAUGGACCGCGUGCUGCGCCACUGCGCCGCCUGCCCGCCGCCGCCCGCCAGCCCCGACCACGACCACAGGUCUCCAACACUCACUCACUUAACAUAA